CAGCACCACAAUUUCCCGUUCAUUUUCCAUCCCAAAAGCCAGGACCUUUUCUCAUCGUUUGAAUUUGACCGACUGACCACCCCAAUUGGGAAUUCACACUCCUUCUCUCUUUGCAUCCUCUCGAUCGUCUUCAAUAGAAUCCUCCACACAUUUUCCAUGUCUGUCUAUUUUACACAACUAUUUGUUUGUAGUCCAGCACAAAUAACUGCGCUUUGCCAAAUAACUCCGUUUUCAGAAAGUCAAUAGUAACCAAUAACUCCGCAGGCUUGGUACUUCGUCAUAUCAACUGGAGAGACGAAACGAAUUGAAGAGGGAAUUUUUGCUCUGGAUUUGCCUUGAGAACGAACCAGCUCUACAGGGUUUGCAGGGCUGGAUGCAAAUCGAGUUGCUAUGAAUUAUUGGUGAAAUUGACUGAUCUAAUAGGGAGAUCAAGAUACCCAAUCCAGACCUUCAAAUUUCAGCAACUUCAGAUAAUUCAAUGGACUUCAAUGUAGGAAUCAUGGAUGGAGGGAUGGCACUACUGCAACAACUAUGGAAUGAGGUAACACAACAGGCGAUGGAACUUGCAAGUGAAACAAGUGUUGUGGUGCUUAACAAGGGCAGCUUUCAGGAAUUCUCCAAGAUUAUUUUUGAGCUGAAAGUCCUCUUUGGCUCGCUGAAUGCCCAGAAAAUUGUUGAUGCAACAGGUUCAGAAUCCACAAGAGCUGCAUUAGAGACCUUGAGUUUUCAGCUGGAAAAAGCCUGCAAGAUCAUUAAAGAUUACAAAUCUGGAAGCCGCAUCCGUCUCUUAUUUAAGUCACACUCAAUACUCUUGCAGAUGCAGGAUGUGGCAAAAGAUAUUGCCAAGGCCAUUUCCUCGUUUCAGCUGAUCAAUCUUGACAUCGCCCUGAACUUGAAGAAUAAGACUAACCAGAUCAUUGACAAUCUGAGCACAAUGGAGUUUCAGUCAGCACUAGCAACAGACAAAAUUGCUUCAGAAAUAGAGGAUUCAAUAUCCCAGAACUGUAAGAAUCAGGAGAAUGCUGAAAAGCUCCUGGAAAAGAUUGCAGAAGCUGUUGGUGCUAGUAUGAAUGCAUCCAUGGUACAAAAUGAACUGGAGCUUCUGAAGCAGGAGAAAGAAGAAAUGGAAGAUCAAAAGAAGCAGGCAGAGGCACUUCAGUUAUCACAGUUGAUACAGUUCUUGUACAGUACAGAAAUUGUUACAAGGCCACAGGACGACAUAAUUGCCACAUACCACCAGCAGUACCCAAUUGAUUCAUUCAUAUGUCCAUUGUGCAACGAGAUGAUGACAGAUCCAGUUGCAGUCCUUUGUGGCCACAGCUUUGAGAGGAAAGCAAUUCAGGAACACUUCAGAAGAGGAGAGAGAAAGUGCCCUACCUGCAAACAGGAGCUCCCAUCUAUGGACCUUACUCCAAAUCUUUCCCUUCGAAACUCUAUAGAAGAAUGGAAACAGCGGGAUAUGGACUUAAAAUUCCAAGCUGCAGUGCCUGGAAUCACCUCAAAUGACCUUUCCAGACAGAAAAGGGCAUUAGAGAAUAUGCAAGUUUUGCUGGAGGUACCUUCAUAUGCAGCCAAAUUUGCAGAGGAAGGACUCAUACCAAAGUUGGUGGAGAUCCUAAAAGACAAAAGGCUAAACAGUGCAGCAGCACUAAAAUGCCUCUACUACCUAGCUAAAUAUUGUGAUAAUCAUCAGGAAACCAUUAUUAAAGCCGGGGCUGUUCGUUGCAUCGUGAAGCAGAUAUAUAAAGAUGGCACAGAACCUGAUGCCAUUGCAAUCUUGUUGGAGCUGUCAGAAAGAGAAACCCAUGCGGAGAAAAUUGGAAAUACAAAAGAUUGCAUUCCUCUUUUGGUUUCUUUACUCGCUAACAAUAACCUUGACAUUUCACAGAAAGCCCACAAAGUGUUGCAGAACCUCUCCUCCAACACACAUUUUGUGGUCAAGAUGGCUGAAGUCGGACACUUCCAACCAUUUGUGACUCGCUUCAACCAAGGACCUCAAGAGACCAGAACAUUGAUGGCUGCAGCAUUGAUAGAGAUGCAACUCAAGGAGAGCAGCAUUGAGGACUUAAAAAACAAGCAGUUCAUACAUAAUUUAGUCCAGAUGCUCUCUUCUAGUGCCCCAGCAUGCAAAGUAGCUUGCCUCAGAUCUAUCACAAAGCUCGUAGAGUACCCCAGGAUGGUAAAGCGACUUCUGAAAGACCCUGUUACAAUACCACAUUUGCUUGGUCUCAUUUCAUUUGCCAGGUCUGACCCACAUGAGAAAGAAGAAGCAGCUAGGAUUCUCGCUCUACUGAUUGGAGCCAGUCAGCAACUUGAACUUCAGAAAUAUCGGGGCUUGCAGGAACUGCAAUCAAAGCACAAUGUGAGUCUCCUUCUGCAUGUUGUAGCCAGUUCUGAUCCUAAAACUAAGGUUCAGUUCUUACACCUGCUGGUUGAGCUCAGCCAAAAAUCUGAGACAGCUCAAAACCUAAUUCGAUCAGAUGAAGAUGCAGUUGGGCAACUCUUCUCUUUGCUUCACAGUGACCAGCCUGUGGUGAAGCGGUGGACAAUGAGGCUCAUAUACUGCAUUUCUGAAGGUCAUCCUGCUGGGGCUCCACUACCCCCGUCUCCUGCAAAAGAAACAGCAAUCACCACCCUGGCAGGCAUCCUCACCUCUUCACCAGAUAUUGAAGAAAGGUCAAUUGCUGCUGGAAUCAUCAGCCAGCUUCCCAGUGAUGAUGUUGAUAUUGAUGAGAUUCUCCGCAAAUCAGACACAUUAAAAGCCAUUCAUGAGGUGAUUUGCAAUGCCGAUGAGGAAACUGAUGGAAACAUGGCUCCUGGCACUUCUUUACUAGAAAAUGCUCUGGCUGCACUUUUACGAUACACAGAACCUACCAAACCUGAACUUCAGAGGCAAGUGGGCAAACUUGAACUGUACCCAUCACUAGUUCGUGUUCUCUCCAGGGGAAGCUCACUUGCCAAGCAGCGGGCAGCCAUUGCACUUGCCAAACUAUCCCAAUCCACGAGCCAGUCAAUCUAUGAUGCAACCAUCGUGGCAAAGCAGGCCAAACACUCUAUGCCACUGAUGAAGCUCCUAACAAACAUGUCUUGGUGUUGCUCAACCUCUUCAGAGAAUGUAAGUAUAUGUUCUGUUCAUGGUGCUGCCUGUUCACCUAGAGAUACAUUCUGCCUUGUCAAGGCAGAUGCAGUGAAGCCACUGGUGCGAACUUUGAGUGAGACAGAGUCCGGUGCAGUGGAGGCUGCUAUAAUGGCACUCGAAACAUUGCUAACAGAGCAUAGCACACUGUCUCGUGCAACUGCAGCCAUUGUUGAUAGCCAGGGAGUGGUGGCCAUUCUACAAGUCCUGGAGAAGGGUUCCUUGGCUGCCAAAACAAAAGCCUUAGACCUCUUCCAGAAGAUCCUAAGGAAUACACAGAUCACCGAUACAUUAUUUCAGCGGUCAGAGAGGAUCCUCAUCCAGCUUCUGCAUGAUGCUGAACUAAAGAAAAAAGCAGCUUUGGUGCUUAGGCAAAUGAAGAUUCUUCCAGACCAAUCUUCGUAUUUCUGAGUUCAUUUGGUUCUAAAGCAGGAAACUAGAGUAAAGCAUAUGGUCUUGAACCGUAGAACAUCAAAAGGAGCCUCGCAGGGUGUUGAAAACAGUUAUUAAUGCACCACGAGCUUGACAAAACUUGAGAGUGAAGGAAAAUGAAUGCGGUCGAGAACUUCAGCCUGGGAAAGUUGAAUGUUUUCUUGGUGAGAUAAUGCCAUCCGCUUGCGUGCAUGCUACUGGCUCUAAUAAUACGAGAUGAUGGACCUGCCAAAAAGUAAGCAGAGAAUACCGAUUCUAUAUGAUCUCAGACGCGUAUGCAUGUGAAUAUUUCUAGGAAUAGACUAAACAUUUCUGAUGGGCAUAAAUCGCCUUUGUUGGCCUUGUAAAGAAACACCUGAAACCAGAUUCUAGGGAUAAAAGCAUCCAGUUUUCAAGUUACAGUCGACUUCAAAGAUAGACUAGAAAAAAAUCUCCUUUAAACUGGAGGGAGGAUAUAUUUCACAGUACAGCUGGAUGCUUAGCUAGAUUUAGGAUUGUUUAUCACGUGUGUAUUAAUCUGUUAUUCUGUUUAGCUUGUUUUUCACGUGUGAUAAUUAAUCUUAGACUCAACAGAUUAGAUCAGUUUCUUUUCUUUGUAAUAGUUCUUAUAUAAAUAGAUACUACUUAAUUGUAUAUUUUACAUUUUAAUGAGAAUCAGAAAUUUUCUUUCCAA